AUGAAGGAGUACGUGCAGUGUCCGUCUGUGUUCCUCUGGACCAGCUGUCAGAACGGCCUGAUGCCCGCUCUGGUGCGCCCCCCGAUGGCCAGCGCCGUGCAGCAGCCCUCCCUGGCCCUCAAACAGUUCCUGCCCUUCCCGCUGGACGCCGGCUCCGCGCUCAGCCUCUUCCCCGGAUUCAACACGAUGGACCCGGUGCAGAAGGCCGUCCUGAACCACACCCUGAGCCUGAGCUCCAGCCCCAAGAGGCGACACGUGUCCUGCAGCCUGUGCCAGCUGCGCUUCAACUCACAGAGCCAGGCCUUGGCCCACUACAAGGGGACCAAACACGCCAAGAAGCUAAAGGCCCUGGACUCUCCAAAGACCAAGCCCAAAGCAUCAGCCGUCACCAAGGAGACGACCAACCCGGAGCCAGCGAGCGUCACGGCGUCGCCCGUCCCCAACGGCACCGCCACCGACCGGAGAGACGUUUCUCCGGCGCCGGGCCUCUCCGUGUUGGCCCCCGCAGCGCUGGCCCCGGGGCCCGUGUGCCGACCCGACCCGGAGCCGCCCCUCCUCCUGACGGACGCCGCCUCGGAGCCGGAGCAGGAGCCGGGAGCCGAGGCCGAGCUCGGGCCGGAGGACAAGGAGACGGAGGAGGAGAAGGCGCGGCGGCUGCUCUACUGCUCCCUCUGCAAAGUGGCCGUCAACUCCGCCUCCCAACUCGACGCGCACAACAGCGGUACGAAGCACAAGACGAUGCUGGAGGCGCGCAGCGGCCUGGGCUCCAUCAAGUCCUUCCCUCGAGCCGGAGUGAAGAGCAAACUGAGCCCCGUGCCCGGAUCCUCCACGGGACUUCAGAACAAAACCUUCUACUGCGAGAUCUGCGACGUCCACGUCAACUCCGAGACGCAGCUCAAGCAGCACAUCAGCAGCCGGCGCCACAAGGACCGAGCGGCAGGUAAACCGGCCAAGCCCAAGUACAGCCCCUACAGCAAACCUGCCAAGAGCCAGAGCAAGACCGCGGUGAAGUUGUCUCUGGGGAAGGAGCUCCAGCCGAUCAGCUCGCAGAUCCUCCCGGCGCACCUGGCCGCCGUCGCCGCCGCCGUCGCCAUGGGCAACACCUUCCCCCACCGGAGCUCGACCGGACCCAGCCCCGCCCCCAGCCCCGCCCUCUUCCAGCCCCACCCCAUCCCCGCCUCGCUGCUACGGCCCGCCCCCGGCCCAGUCAGGACGUCCCACCCACAGGUCCUGUUCGCGCCCUACUGACCCCGGCCCCCAGCGGCGCCGCCCGGGGGGACACUUCUAUGCAUCAGAAGCCUCUGCUUCCUUCGCCCGGUUUAAGCUCCUGCAUCUGCACUUUGCUCCAUGGAGUCCCUGAGCGCCGGGGUAGCCAUACUCCCAUACUCACACGUCGGGGGGUUUGGGGCUCGCGGGAGGAACGUGUGAGGAGCAGACGUGUUCAGAGCAGCGACGAUAACGACAGAAACUCAAACGUGCAGAAAGAAAAGACACAUAUUAUGCAAUAUUUGUACAGAUGGAACAAAAGAUGAGACAAAAUUUACACAAGACGAGUCGAGAUUUUAACAUUAAACAUCUUAAUAAUCCGUGUAUCAUUCAUUUAGUAGUUUUUCAAAAUAAAACCAAAAAUAAGAAAAUGAAAAAAAAAAAGUAUUUUCUUCAUAAUUUGUCUCCAAAAUCAAAAUGAAAAAACAGAUAAUGAAAUCUAAACCCAGGACUAAACCAGGACUAAACCAGGUCUAAACCAGGUCUAAACCAGGACUAAACCAGGUCUAAACCAGGACUAAACCAGGACUGAAAACCAGGACUAAAACAGGACUAAUCCAGGUCUAAAACCAGGUCUAAACCAGGCCUGAACCAGGACUAAAAACCAGUACUAAACCAGGAUUAAACCAGGAUUAAACCUGAUCUAAACCAGGACAAAACGAGGACUAAAACAGAACUAAAACCUGAUGUAAACCAGAAGUAAAACCAGAAGUAAAACCAGGACUAA